AUGGAUGCGCGACGACGGAGCGGUGUCGAGGCGUCGUCGUCGUCGACAUCGCCUCGAGGACGCGAUGGCGCGCGCGCGUUGGCGACGCUGGCGAUGACGUGCUACUGGAACGUGGGACAAAAGGGGUUCUUUGACGUGGAGGCGACUGCGGAUGAAGCGCUGGAGCUCGGGACGCCGCUCGGGUUUGAACCGCUCAUCGGCGACGGCGGCGAGUUGCGCCGACGGUGCGCGCGAGAGUUUGGUAAUCUGCGAGUCACAGCGUGGUUGAACGGCGUGGACGAGGGAAACGGACGAACGACGCGCGCUGGGGUGCUCACGUCGGAUGAUUGGGUGAUCGUGGCGUUCAGAGGGACGACGCCUUCGCCUCUGCGCGGACUAAUCUUUGAGAGCCAAAUCAACGGACGGGCAGGACAGACGACGUGGGCGAGCGGUGCCGGUCGUGUUCACGCUGGAUACGCCGCGGCGUACGAGACAUUGCGAACGAAACUAGAAGACGCGGUGAGGGCGGAGAUGGACGCAAGUGGGGGAUCGAAAAAGUUGGUGGUCACGGGCCACUCGCUCGGCGGCGCUCUGGCGACGCUCUGCGCGGCGCGCUUGGCUAGCGAAUACGGACCCCAGGGUGCUCGUGUAGACGCCGUGACGUUCGGCCAGCCGCGGGUAGGUGACAACGAGUUCGCGAAAUAUUUGGACCAGGAUUUGAGCCUGGAUUACGCCAGAUUUGUGCACGGCGGCGAUUUAUUCAGCCGCGUGCCGACAUCGGGCUAUUGGUUGCCCACCGCAAACGAGGGACGAUUCGACGUCGAGUACACGCACGCCGGUUCGAUGCUCUGGACGAACGCGAAUGAAAACUCAUCGACGAAUCGUCACAUCUACGCCCCCAAAAACUCCGGCGAUCCGGACGGUUUCUCCACCGACUCAAGGAUGAUCAAUCCCGUUACGGUUGCCCGUCACCACUCGGGAUACGCAAAUUUUUUCCAAGAAGACCCGUCCAUCUUCGACGCCUGGCCCGCGACCGGGACGCUUUAA